UAUGCAUGUGCUUAUUAAAAGUUUGAAAAUAAAAUUUACAAAGAAAAAAAAAUAAAAUGGUCACUAAAACUUUUUAGUGGCGAUCUUCAAACGGUUUUUUUGUCACUGAAAAGUUGUUCAUAUUUAUUAACUGUUUUUGGAUAAUUACUUGUCACUAAAAAUUUAGUGAAAAUGCCCCUCAUUUGCUGCCCAAUUCUCAGCCUUCUUCCUUUGUUGCACAGUGAAAUUAUGUAUUUUGGUCAUCGUGGGAAGGAAAUGAGGCUGGGUGUACGCAUGUUAGUCAUCUAGGAAAAGGAGGAGGCUGGAUGUACGGGUGUUGGCCAUCUGGGAGGGGAAGCAAGUGUUGGUGAUGGUGCAACCACUCUCUGAUCUCUCGACACUUGCUCCCCUUUAAUCUCAACCUGAAACCAACAAAUCCCAAAAACCCUCAAGCCUUCCAACAAAUCGAAAAAAAACACCAUCUUUGCUGAAAAUUUUGAAUUUUCUCAGGAAUUCUCGACUAUUCCUGAGAUUUUUUGGUGGGCUUUGGUUCUCCGGUCCCGUAUGUUAAAGGGUUUUGGCUUUGGUAGCAAAUGAAUAUUGGUGAUUUCUAGGGUUUUGCGGUGCUUAAUGGUUAGGGAUUUGGUUUCGGUUUCUGGGCACUUGGGUGAUCACAACAUUCUCACUCGGAUGAGCACAGGAGAGUUCAAAAAGAGCUUUCAAGUGCUACUCAGAAGACUUAUUUUCUUAAAACAUAUGACCCAACUUUUUGUCCUGGAGAGAAGAGCUUAUGCAUCGACUUCGUUGAGUGUUGUUUGCAAGAGAAAGUUACAGAGGAGUUUAUUUACAUUUUUAAUAAACGAAUUCCAGUUUGUAACGCUUCGGUUCCUUCAAUUUCAGGUAUUUAAUUGUUGCGUUUCUAAAUUUUUCACUCCAAUGAUUAAAAAGAGGCUUUUGUAAACUGGGAAGAACCCCUGCAUGUAUUGUUUCUAUCACAUAAAACUAUUCCUUCCCAGCCAUAUUGUUUCUAUGGCAUAAAAGUAUGGCCACACAAUAAAAGUAUAUAGUAGACACAUAGGUAAAAGACACCUUGGAAAUAAAGUAUAGUAAUUAAUAUUUAAUUAACUAAUUGAUAAAAGUUGGUGAUCCAGAUUUAAGGCUGCACAAACUAAAUUUGUUGAGGGUAGGCUUAAAUUUGGGUAAGAACCACAAAUCUCUAAUUCUUUUCAAUUUUUGUUCAUUGCAGCCGUAGUUUAUUCUAAAGUCAUGUUUAUGGAAGAAAAAACGAACUCCCAACUAUGAAAUCCAGGAAAGGUAGUAAUCUUUUCUUUCUUUGUCAACUUAGUAAAAAAUGAUUUCCUAACCAUUGUUGUUUACACUUAUUUGCUUACAAUGUGAAGAAGUUGUUCAUUGUCUGAUCGACCCUGGCCUUUGUUACCGCCACAACUGAUACACAUUUUAAUUCACUUUCUGUAAGUAAUAUCUCGGUCUUUCUCCACAUUUCACACUGAAUUAUUAAUGGGAAUUCAAUCUGCUAGGUUUUCUACA